CUGGGAGCACCAAAUCAGUUGGCAAACUUGAAGAGAGGAUAAGGUAGGAAAAGACAACAGACAUGGAGGAGAAGCUAUCGUCAGUGGCGAAAACCGUAACAUCUUCUCCUAUCCAACAACUAUCGUUUCUUGCUGAAAGCUGUAACGCUAUCAACCUCGCUCAAGGCUUCCCCGAUUUCCCUGCACCAACUCACAUCAAAGAAGCCGCUGUUUCCGCCAUCAAUUCCGACUUCAAUCAGUACAGGCAUGUGCAAGGAAUUUGUGAGCAUGUGGCAGGUAUCAUGAAGCACUUGCAUGGCUUAGAUGUUGACCCUCUUACCGAUGUAGUUAUUUGCUGUGGCCAGUCUGAGGCAUUUGCUGCAACAAUGAUUGCGAUUGUUAAUCAGGGCGAUGAAGUUAUACUAUUUGAUCCUUCAUAUGAAUCAUAUGAAACCUGUAUUACUAUGGCUGGAGGAAUCCCAGUGUAUGUGGCCCUUGAUCCUCCUUACUGGACUUUGGAUCCAGACAAACUUAUGAAGUGUUUCACUGCCAGGACAAAAGCUCUAGUUUUGAACAGUCCUCACAACCCAACUGGAAAAGUUUUUACCACGGAUGAGCUUGAGAUUAUUGCUGGAGCUUGCCGGGACAGGGAUUGCCUAGCUGUAACGGAUGAAGUGUAUGAACAUAUAACUUUUGACAAGGAAAAACAUGUAUCACUUGCCUCACUUCCAGAAAUGCAGAAUCGGACUAUCAUCACAUCUUCCUUGUCAAAAACAUUUAGUGUUACAGGUUGGAGGAUAGGUUGGGCGAUUGCUCCGGCUUGUGUUGCAUCAGCCAUUCGAAACAUCCACAUUAGAAUUACAGAUUGUGCUCCUGCACCUUUUCAGGAAGCUGCCUUGACUGCUUUGAGAAGUCCUCCUGAAUACUUUCAAUUGUUGAGAAGAGAUUAUGAAUCAAAAAGAAAUUACAUCGUCAAGUUGCUUGCAAGCAUUGGUUUCCGGUGUCAGUUUGCGCCUAAGGGGUCAUUUUUUGUAUUCGCAGAGCUUCCAGAAAGUUGCAUCCUCACUGAUGUCGAAUUUGUGGAGGAACUAAUUAAACAAGCUGGGGUUGUGGCUGUACCAGGAUGUGGUUUUUUUCAUUCAGAUGCAAAGUCCUCUCAGGCUGCAUUUAGGUACCAGAGAAGGUAUAUCAGAUUUGCUUUCUGCAAGAGUGAAGCUACUUUAGCUGCUGCUGCAACAAAAAUUGGUGAGAUUGUGGAUGCUACCGGACGUCUAAAGCUAUUUUGAUUUGUUGGGAAUGCUACUUGUCAAAAGUCGAGGCACUAUAAAUGGAAACAAAAAUGAUUUUCAUUAUAUUUACCUUGACAUUAUAAACAAGAACUCCAUCAUACGAUCGGGUAUUAUUUUUAUCUAUGGGAGUGAAGAUUGUGGGUUUGUGCAUCAAUUUAUAGUUCAUCAAAUCGUUCAAAUAAAGAGCUGGAG